GUGCCUCUGGGUAUUCCAUAACCACAAAAAGAAAGACAAUUGCACGCGAAUUAAAAUCUUUCACUAUAUAAACUUUCAGUGAAAUUCAUGUAAAAGAGUGUAACUUUAGAAAUUAUAACAUAAAAUUUAUAUUCUUGAAAUGGUGGAAGCGGCGCAAAAUGUUUCGAUUGAUAACAUUGAUAAGGACCAAAUGAAAACAUUUUCCGAUUUUUUGAUGUCCUACAACAAACUGUCCGAAAUGUGCUUCACAGACUGUGUGCGCGAUUUUACUUCGCGAGUUGUUAAAGACAAUGAGGAACGCUGUGCACUGAAUUGUAUGGAAAAGUAUCUGAAAAUGAAUCAACGCGUUUCGCAACGGUUCCAAGAGUUUCAAAUGAUUGCCAACGAAAAUGCCAUAGCGAUGGCCCAAAAGACUGGAAAACUUUAACGCUGCUGUAAGUAAUAAGCAGCUUAUCGACGACAAGCACAGUGAAAUAUGUUAGAUUUAUAGUAGAACUACGUUCAAAAGCAUUUCCUCAGCAUAAAUAUGUACAUUUAUGUAACUUGAUUGCUACCUGUUUCCUAAUGUGAGAUUCGUAACCAUCUUUCGAAUUUCAUAAACUACUACUAAAAAUAGGAAAUAAUAACAAAAUGAAAAAAAAC